UCACUGCUCUACCUGCAGUUCAUUUUAGUACACCCAUCACUUGUCCUUCAGACAGCGAGAGCGAUAGCGCUAGAGAGAGAGAGAGAAGGGGGGAGGAUUUGGAGCGCAGAUUGAGGAGAAGCGAUGGCGGAUUGGGGGCCGGUGGUGAUCGCGACGGUGCUGUUCGUGCUGCUCACGCCGGGGCUGCUGUUCCAGCUGCCGGCGCACGGCCGGAUCGUGGGCUUCGGCACCAUGCACACCAGCGGCGUCGCCGUCCUCGUCCACGCCGUCAUCUACUUCGCCCUCAUCACCAUCUUCCUCAUCGCCAUCGGCGUCCACAUCUACGCCGGCUAGCUAGUCUACCCAAGCCCCUCCUGAUUUCCUGCAGCUUUAAUUAAUUAUCUGCCUUUUCCCUACUCUCUAUGUGCUUAAUUAAUUUAUUACUGCCUCUACCUGCUACUCUAUGCUAGUAGAACCGUUGUUGCUGUGUGCUUGGAAGACAUGCCAUGGUUGUAUAACUAUGUGUUGUAUUGGUUGAUUCUCUCUGCAAUGGUUUAUCGGCUCAAGUUUGAACUA